UCUUUCAUUAGUUCUAAAUUUCAUCAUAUUCGUUGGACUUAGAAAAUAUUUUCCGUAGUUUAGAAGUUAAUUUAGUUUCUAAACAUAAUAUUUUUUGGCUAAUAUCAGGAACGUUUUAUGAAACGCAUAUAAAUAGCUUUAAGAAUAUUCGGUUUCUUGUUUAACCAAGUGAUUUGUAUUUUAGCAGAAAGAAAAAGCGGUGAAAAAUUGAUAUUCGCAUUAUUUUAGGAUUACUUUGCCUUUAACAGUAAUAAUAACAGCUUCACCGGCGGAGAGGAAGUCAGUCAUAUGCGAGAGGAAGUGACGCGCAAGCGUAUCUAUUGUUUUCCCUUCACGUGACUACCACGGCGGGCUAUUCGCAUAGCGUGUUUAGAAGUGUGACUUUGGUUCAUCUAACUUCUCUCUAAAUCCACGCCAAAAGAUUCGCUAUUUCUUUCAAUGACAUCAAAUCGAAUGGCGAAGCCUACCAAUGAAAACAUGUUGACCACAUAACCUUCAAGUUUGGAGGGAAAACAGAGCUUUAAAUGCGGGAAAUCAGCGACUGCGUGCGUGAGGUGAGAAUUCAACAGUGAAGACAGAACUCGCUGAAAUUCUCGCCGAAAGGGAGCCUCAGAGACUUUCAGCUGCAAUGCAUGUCCAUUUCAGAACUAAAAAGAGGGAGCAUGUCACAAAAGCAAAUGACAGUUAUGAUGCCACCUUAAACAGGCAGAGAAAGCGCAGCCGGCUUAACACAAAAACAACGCUACGAAAAAAGACCUUGAGGGAAAGCUCCAGCAUCAACGAGGAGAGAAAAGGGAAAUACUUUGAAAUCAUGUCUGUGGGCUAUAUGUCCUCGGAGCACACAGGGUCUGAUGGAGAAAAUGAGGGGUCUGACGAGGAAGCACCUAAACUGCUUUACAAGCAUAAGCUUCCAUGGAGGAGUGAGGAGGCCGAUUCAUUGAUGGCCUACUUAGAAAAAAAAGUUAGAAAGGGCAGGGGCCAGAGAAGCACAAACAUGAUGUUCAGGAGGAAAGAUGGUGCUAAUUCGAAAAGAACUGCACCAAUUGAUGCUCCCGAUUGGGCUGUGAAGCAUCAGCUUUAGGUUGUCUACAUGCAAGCUAUUCUUUUCGAAUUAGCACCAUCUUCUCUAUUUUGCUAUGAAUGAUGGACUUGUGCGUUGGCACAAAAAAUGUUAUUGUUGAAGCAUAUAGUGAUCGACUUUGAUUUACAAAUUCACAACGAUUUUUAUUACAACAAGUUCAUGAGUAUUCAGAUUUAUUAUUGAACUAUUUUCCUCGAAAAACAGUAGAUGAGGCUACAAUUUAUUAUAUAAAGGAGAUGUGAUUUAUUUAAAAUAUUGAAAGAAUAAUAUUCAAAGAAUUAUUACUUUGACCAAGAGCUGAUAAAAUAAUGUUUAUAGUAAUUUAUUUAUUUUGAAAUAUACACUUAUUGGACCAAACCAAAUGUAUAAAUACCGAUUAUGUUUUACUGAUUACAGAAAAUACAUGAAAUAAAGGAUUUCAGUAGA